AAGCGAAAGCAACUCCUCCUCUUCCGAGCGGGGUCACGAUACCGCCGGCGGGAUCUGUGUUUCCGAGAGUGAGGGCUGCUCGGCGGGUCAGGGCGGCCACCGGCUGGAGCCAUGACCCCGAACCUGCGCACCGCGCUGAUUUUCGGCGGCUUCAUCUCCCUGAUCGGCGCCGCCUUCUACCCCAUCUACUUCCGGCCCCUAAUGCGGCUGGAGGAUUACCAGAAGGAACAAGCCAUAAAUCGAGCUGGUAUUGUCCAAGAAGAUGUGCAGCCCCCAGGGUUAAAAGUGUGGUCGGAUCCAUUUGGCAGGAAAUGAAAAGGCUAUCACCACCUCUGAAUAUGAAAGUAGACAGAGUCUUCAUGCUUUCAGUUCUGCAGCAAGUACAAUAAGUCACCUGGCUAAAGAACGAUGGCUGGAGAAGAAAACUCUAGAAGGCUGUAAAGAAGAGUACUGUGCACCAGGAUUAAUUCCCUUCUUAGUAUCAGAAGAACCCUGAAACAAAUCACACCAUUACGAAGGUUUUCAUGAUUUGGUUUCCUUUCUAAAAAUGAAGCUUUCUCGCCCAGCUGCAUUUGGAGGUGAUCUACUUAUUAUUCAGUCUCUACCUCUUACCCACUUGAGCUGUGAUAUGAAUACAAGCAACCAGUAGACUUGGGAAGAUCCUAGUCUGUUUUGCCAUCUUCCAAAUAAGACGUUUAGUGAAAAACCACCAUAUUGAGCAGCCUCAUAGGGCUCUUUGAAAAUGUUAAAGUUGAUAAAACUCUUUGAGGACAAGGUACAUUGUACUCUUUAAGAAUAAACGGUUCAACUCAACUGUCUCAUUGGGAGGGUUGCUGCAUGUUGAAAAAUAAAUAACUAUGAAGCAAACCAAACUAAAUGGGUAUGCAUGCCUAGUAGAAAUCAUGUUGAAUUAACUGAAAUGAAAAUGUGUAUAUUAAAAUGAUUUCUUUUUCCUUCACAAUGGUGUAAGAUUUUUUGUAAAUCCUUUUUUGUAAGCGCAUUAAAUGAUACCCAGAAGUAUUAUUUGACUAGAUUAUACUUGACUA